AAGACCUUAGAAAAUAUAAAUAUCGCACUCUUUGAAGAACCUGCUAUCGGCUGUGUGGAAAACUAGAGUCAUGUCGAGUUUGAAAGUCACAGACCCGGCAAUGGAUCGAACGCUGCGUUCCGUGUUCGUGGGAAACAUUCCAUAUGAGGCAACUGAGGAGCAGUUAAAGGACAUUUUGUCGGAGGUUGGUUCCGUUGUCAGUUUCCGGCUCGUAUAUGAUAAAGAGACAGGAAAGCCCAAGGGUUAUGGCUUCUGCGAGUACCAAGACCAGGCAAUCGCGCUUAGUGCCAUGCGGAACCUCAACGGGCGUGAGGUCAGUGGGAGAGCGCUUCGGGUGGACAAUGCUGCCACUGAGAAGAGUAAGGAGGAGUUAAACAACACCGGGCCUGCGGGGCCCAUCACUGACUCUCCUUAUGGGGAUCCCAUCGAUCCAGAAGGUGCCCCAGAAUCGAUUGCCAGAGCAGUGGCCAGUCUUCCUCCAGAGCAGAUUUUUGAGCUGAUGAAGCAGAUGAAGCGAUGUGUGCAAAACAGUCACCAGGAAGCUCGAAACAUGUUACUUCAAAAUCCACAACUGGCAUAUGCGCUGGUGCAGGCACUAGUGGUCAUGAGAAUCAUAGAUCCUGAGGCUGCCGGGAAAAUUCUACAUCACAAGAUAUGUGCCACUCCACAGAUCCCAGGCAAAUCUCACUCUGUCUCUGGCCCUGGUCCUGUUUCUGGCCCUGGCUCUGGGCUUUGCCCAGGACCCAAUAUUCUGUUGAACCAACAGAAUCCUCCAGCCCCUCGGCCUCAGCUUUUGGCAAAAAGAUCCAGGAAAGACAUUCCUCCUCUGAUGCAGACUUCUAUCCAGGGUAGAAUUCCAGCUCCGGGGCCAGUAGCAGCUACAGUUCCUGGACCUGGACCUGGUUCCUUAACUCCUGGAGGGGCAGUGAAGCCACAAGUUGGGAGGCCAAGGGUUGGCCUGGUCCCUGGACAAGGGCAGAUGGCAGAUCCUAGAGCUCCUAUACUUCAUGGCCCCAAGUAUGUUGCUGGCCUAUCUCCUCAAGGCCUAUUAAGAGAUGCUCCAAAUGACCCAAAUAGAAGGAUUUUGCUUUCCAUUACUAGAGAAGUAGAACCCAGAGGUUACCUGGGUCCACCCCAUCAGGGUCCUCCUAUACACCAUGCCUCUGGUCAUGAUAACCGUGGCCCUUCUGUGCAUGAUAGGAGAGGAGGUAAAGAGUCUGGAGUGAUGGAAACUGAGGUUUUAGAGUCCCGAGUAAUGGAACAAAGAGGAAUGGAGACCCGUGCUGUGGAAACCAGAGGGAUGGAAUCAAUAGGCAUGGAUGCAAGAGGAUUAGAAAUGCAGGGCCCAAGAUGUAGUUCUAGAGGCCCUAUGACUGGUGGAAUCCAGGCACCUGGUCCCAUUAAUAUAGGGGCAAGUGGCCCUCAGGGACAUAGACAGGUCCCAAGCAUAUCAGGAGUGGGAAAUCCUGGAAGUGUAUGCACUGGCCGAUACUGCAAUGGCAAGCAGAAACAUCAAAACAACACCCAGGAUUUGGGGGCAGCUUUAUUUACCUUGAUGGGAUCAUUCCCAGAAUAUCAGGCCCUGAUCUCUGGUGCUUCAGGGCUUUUACAUGAUGCACAAGUAGGAGGUAUAAAGUUCCUGCUUUACUGCUUGGAUUUCAUCAUUUGA